UGCACAUUGCGGAAGAUCUCAACACGCUUGCGAAAAUUUAAAAAACUGUUCACGUCUCCCCUCCUUUAGUGGAGCUUGCCUUAUCUUAUCUUAGCGUGCCGAGAGCGGGCUGUUUACAAUAAAAUUUCUGAGCUGCUCUUCUGUUUGUCCAUUGACUCACCUCUACAACAGAAGCUAGUUGGCAGAAGCAAUAUAAUCCUUCCAAAACUACGAACACUUCCAUCAAAUCUCUAUUCCAAUUACGAGGCUUCACAAUGGCAAAAGACAAGGUCUGUCUCGCAUACUCUGGUGGUCUUGAUACUAGCUGUAUCUUGGCAUGGUUGCUGGAGAAGGGAUAUGAUGUUGUGUGCUUCAUGGCAGAUGUAGGCCAAGAAGAGGACUUUGAUGCUGCGAAGGCCAAGGCGAAGAAGAUUGGCGCUUCUGCUUGCUACGUUGAGGAUCUGAGACGUGAAUUCAUUGAGGAGUUGUGCUUCCCAGCUAUUCAAUGCAAUGCUAUCUAUGAGAAUGUUUACCUUCUUGGUACAUCCCUCGCCCGCCCAGUUAUUGCACGAGCACAAAUCAAAGUCGCACAAAAGGAGGGCUGCAUUGCUGUUUCUCACGGUUGCACUGGCAAGGGCAAUGAUCAAGUUCGAUUCGAGCUCGGAUUCUAUGCUCUCCAACCUUCCAUCAAGGUCAUUGCCCCAUGGCGUAUGCCCGAAUUCUACGAACGCUUCGCUGGUCGCAACGAUCUCCUCGAUUACGCAGCAAAGGCUGGUAUCCCAGUAAGCAGCACAAAGAGCAAGCCAUGGAGCAUGGACGAGAACUUGGCACACUGCAGUUAUGAGGCUGGUAUCUUGGAGGACCCAGAUGUCACCGCCCCAGAGGAUAUGUGGAAGUUGACCGUGGACCCAUUGAAGGCUCCCGAUACCCCAGAGGACUUUACUUUGGUGUUCGAGAAGGGUCUGCCAGUAAAGCUCAUUACCAGCAAAGGCAAGACCAUCACCGAUGCUGUUGAGUUGUUCUUGGAGGCCAAUGCUAUUGCCCGCCGACACGGUGUUGGACGUAUCGAUAUCGUUGAGAACCGAUUCAUUGGUCUCAAGUCCCGUGGCUGCUACGAGACUCCGGGUCUGACCUGCUUGCGCUCUGCACACAUUGAUCUCGAGGGUCUGGUUCUCGACCGUGAGGUUCGUGCUCUCCGUGAUCAGUUCGUCACAUUCAACUACGCCAAGAUCCUGUACAAUGGCCUGUACUUCUCCCCUGAACGUGAGUUCCUUGAGGAGUCGAUCAUUGCCUCCCAAAAGACCGUCAAUGGAACUGUUCGUUGCCGUGUCUACAAGGGACUUUUCUCUGUGCUUGGACGUAGCUCCGAGACUGAGAAGCUUUACGAUGCCAGUGAGAGUUCUAUGGAUGAGAUUGGUGCUUUCUCUCCACAGGAGACUGGUGGUUUCAUCGCUGUUCAAGCUAUUCGCUUGAAGAAGCACGGCGAGGCCAAGUUGGCACGAGGCGAGAAGAUCUAGAUACCCUUUCGCUUCACUUGGGAGGAAACUUGAACAAAAGCAAAGCAUCUGGGGGCUUCUUUCAUAUUUCUGACGAUGAGGCUACUUUACUUAUCCUCUGAAGACUCGGGCAACUAAUUUGGGGGACUUGCACUUGAAUUCGGUUCUGAAACGGAAAAGCUUCUAGUCCUUGCUGCACUUGCUUGCUUGCUGCUUUGUAUCUCGCAGUCUAUUCGAGCGUGCCUUUUACUACCCUAUUCAGACGCAAAUAAAAAAAAUACAAACAAUUCAGAAUAAAUUCAAAUGCGAA